AUGCCUGGAAACCGCGAUCGUGACUCGGCCAGCAGCGCCUCCGAGAGCUCUGAGGGGAGCGACUGGCAAGAUGUCGAACCUGAUGAGGAGCCCUCAACUGUUGUGUCGCUCUUUGACGAGCAGACUUUCCCGAACCCCAAGGAGAUGCUGGCGUACUGCAAGAAUAAGCACAACUUCGACUUGCUCGCCAUUGUCAAGAGACUAGGGCUGGACUUUUAUGGCGCGAUCAAGCUCGUUAACUACGUUCGAUCAAAGGUGCAGUCCAACCAGCCUCUGCCUGAGCAGAUCUCAGCCAAGGACAUUGAGGACGACCAGUACCUGAAACCUGUCCUUGAAAACGACGCUUUGCUGUUUACGCUCGAUGAGGUUCUCGAGGCGGAUCAGGAGACGACUGCGGAUCCUGCCACGCGCGCCAGGGCUCUCGAGGAAGAGCUGGAGAACCUGCGCGACCAGUUCGCCAACUAUCGCCUGACGGUGGAACAGACCCUGGACAAGCGCUGGGGCGACGAUGCCGAGCCGACGCCGUUGACAUCCGCGCCCAAGAAGGAUGACUCGGAAUACUACUUUGAGUCAUAUGCAGCACAUGAGAUUCACGAGACCAUGCUCAAGGAUGCCGUCCGAACAGACGCCUACCGCGACUUCAUCUACAACAACAAGCAACUCUUCAAGGACAAGGUCGUUCUGGACAUUGGCUGCGGCACGGGCAUCCUCAGCAUGUUCUGCGCCAAAGCCGGCGCCAAGCAGGUCAUUUCCGUGGACAAGUCCGACAUUAUGACCAAGGCUCGCGAGAACAUCUUCAAUAACGGUCUGUCGGACGUCAUCACUUGCGUCAAGGGUGCCAUUGAGGACGUUGUCCUCCCCGUAGACAAGGUCGACGUCAUUGUCAGCGAGUGGAUGGGCUACUUCCUCCUGUACGAGGCCAUGCUUCCCAGCGUGCUCUACGCGCGGGACAGGUAUCUGAAGCCAGACGGCAUCCUAGCCCCCAGCUCGGCGACCAUGUGGAUGGCGCCCGUGGCCGAUCCCGAGUUUGUCGGUGACCACAUCCACUACUGGAGGGACGUUUACGGCUUCGACUUUAAGGCGAUGCAGGAAGGCAUCUAUGACGAGGCGAGGAUCGAGGUCGUGCCCAAGGAGUCCGUCUGUGGCAAGCCUUAUCCUUUCAAGGUUCUGGACCUGAUGACCGUCAAGAAGGAGGAGCUGUUCUUCACGGAAAAAUGGGAGUCGACCCUCGAUAAGGAUAUUGACAUGCUCGAUGGUUUCCUCAUCUGGUUCGACAACCACUUCAACACGAACCAUGACGAGCCUGCGCCUGCGCCCGAGGUCACUCCCGAGGAGUGGAACAAGCAGAAGCAGGGCAAUGUCGCCUUCUCAACGGGACCCUUCACCACACCCACGCACUGGAAGCAGGGCUAUCUGCUCAUGCCGCCUGAUGAUUCGCGCAAGGAUCUCAAGGCCGGCACCAAGCUCACGGGCGAGAUCAUCUACACUGCUGCCGAGGACAACGCAAGGGCAUUGACAGUGGGGGCCAAGUGGGCGAUUAACGACCAGGAAAUGAAGAGCCGCUCAUGGAAGAUGAAGUAG